GAACGCAGCACCACAGAAGAAGAAGCAGCCCAGAUGCUGCACAUUAUAUCUGUAACGAUGGCGGCAGUCUUGAGGGGUGGUUUGGUUACACUGGUCAAGGGCCUGAACAGCCCCCGGUGGCAGCAGCUGGCCUCUCGACCACUGUGUUUAUCUGCUGGUCUCUGUAGUCCAGAAGCCCAGCAGGCCCGUGCAGAUGCUGUCUUCAAGGUCACGAUGGUACCAGGUGAUGGAGUGGGGCCUGAGCUGAUGACUGCUGUCAAGGAAGUGUUUAAGGCAGGAGAUGUACCGGUAGAAUUUGAGGAGUUCCACCUGAGCGAGGUACAGAACAUGGCCAGUGAGGAGAGACUGGAGCACUUGUUGACUUCUAUGAAGAACAACAAAGUAGCCAUCAUAGGAAAGAUUCACACGCCCAUGGAGUACAAAGGAGAGCUGGCUUCAUAUGACAUGAAACUCAGGCGUAAAUUGGACCUCUUUGCUAAUGUGGUUCAUGUGAACAGUCUACCGGGCUACAGCACUCGCCACAACAACCUGGACCUAGUCAUCAUACGAGAGCAGACUGAGGGGGAGUACAGCUCCCUGGAGCAUGAGAGUGUGGCAGGUGUGAUAGAGUCUUUGAAGAUCAUCACCAGAGAGAAAUCACGGCGCAUCGCCAAAUUUGCCUUUGAUUAUGCCACUAAAAAGGGGCGGAGCAAGGUCACAGCAGUUCACAAAGCCAACAUCAUGAAGUUAGGCGAUGGCCUGUUUCUGCAGAGCUGUGCAGAGGUGGCACAACUGUACCCCAAAAUAAAAUAUGAGAACAUAAUCAUUGAUAACUGUUGUAUGCAGCUGGUCCAGAACCCAUACCAGUUUGAUGUGCUGGUGAUGCCCAAUCUGUACGGUAACAUUAUUGACAACCUGGCGGCAGGGCUGGUGGGAGGAGCAGGAGUUGUUCCUGGGGAAAGCUACAGUGCAGAGUAUGCUGUAUUUGAGACUGGUGCACGCCAUCCCUUUGCACAUGCCGUGGGAAGGAACAUUGCCAACCCCACUGCCAUGCUGCUCAGUGCUGCUAACAUGCUGAGGCACCUCAACCUGGAAUAUCACUCACAAAUGGUGUCAGAUGCUGUCAAGAAGGUCAUCAAACAGGGCAAGGUGCGCACUGGAGACCUGGGUGGCUAUGCAACAAGUGACGAGUUCACCCGGGCUGUCAUUGCUAACCUGGUAGUCUAACGACUGUAUUUGCAAAUCUGUCAGCUGCUGAGACGCACACAUGCUUUUUGAAUGUACUUCCUGUUACAAUGAUGACUGAUGUUACACACGCAGUGUAGUAUACUCCUGCAACAUUUUACACACAUUUUCCAACUUUACAAUAUUGAUAAAAUGCAGAUGAAAUACACUCUCUAAUAUCCACAAACUCUGGUUUGCAGUUGAUCAUAAUUAUUAAAUAUGACAUCUAAGGCAAACAUAUAUGUGUGUCGGACAUGCAGUUCAACACAAAUCUUAUGAUCAGCACAGAGUGUUUUCCAGUGCUGUUUCACUGGAGCACACCAGGUGUUUGCACUGCGUUCUCCAGCAAAGCCCUGUAAUUCCUACUUUUAUGUCUUGUGGUAAAAAGCUGGUAUAUUUUCAUAUUUAUUACCUUUCAUGUUUUAGCUUUAUUGCUUUUUCACUUAUGAUAGGAUAUGAAUAAUAAAUAUUAAAUGAGAU